GUGGGUUGAUUUGGUAGAUAACCUGCGGUGAUUGCGGACCUCAACUGGCGUCGACUCUAAGCUUGGUGGUUCCUGGGUGGGUUGAGCUGUUGAUUGAUAUUCUUACCCGGGUUCAGCAGACCUUGACUGGCGUCGUCUUCUGCAAAGGACAUCAGGUGCAGAAGGAAUCGAUGACACCGUUGCUUAGCAUUAGGGUUCACAGAUCGCCAACCAUCUGCCUGCCCCAGCAAUUGAGAUGGCAAGUGCGAGAGGAGAAGUACUGGCGCUGUUCAGGUCGUUGUUGCGAACGCGGAAGCAGUGCUUCGCAGGCGACUCAGAAAUGCUGGCUGCGUCGGCUAAGCAGAUCCGGGAUGAGUUUGAGGGGCACAGGAAUGUUGGCGCCGGUGAGGAGUUGGAUAAAUUGGUGACCAAAGCGCGCGAAGCUGUUGAAUUUAUGAAGGUUAACAUCGUGCAGGCCAAGCUUAAUGAACGAGGAAAUUACGAGGUCAAACUGAAAUCAGAGCACCAGGGUGCAUCCUUGGAGGAAGUUUUACCCAAGUAAGAUGCAUCAUCCAUCUUUUGAGGAAGAUAAAAACAAAAUUGAUUCGUCUCAUCGAGGACUGGUAGUGCAGUCGUGGGAGACGAAUCUCUCGUGAGUUCACCUGAUGAGAAUUAUUCUUCUAGGAUUUAUAAGAGAUAGUCAGUCAUGUAUUGAUACCGGCCCAGAAAUUAAAGACAUUCGACCUCGUCUUUGUAGUAGAGGUUUGCAUGUGUAGUGGAAUGAGGUAGUGAGCUCUUUCAGAACGACAAGAAAAGCUCAAAUCACAACUUCAAACCUUUAUUAACAUUGAGAUACUUGUAGUCAAGAUUAUCCUCAAUACACACAGAUCGCACACUGCUUUCCAUUUCAUU